AAUAUUUUUGAGUUUGUGCGCAGUUUAGUGCUUUAUAAACGCCGCGUCUGGAGAAAAUAUAACCUGUGGGAAGUGGGAUAACCUUGGAAAUGUGUUCGUCUGUGAUUAUAAACUAAGCCAGCUUGCUAUGUUAGCAAACCUAGCUAAUCAGUGUAAAAACGACUGGGCUGUGCCGCAGGCCGGAUCACCGAGGUUGGUUAGUUAACUAAUGAUUAGCUAGGCUAGCUACCCACAGUCAGUCACAGAAAUCUUAUUUACUACCAUUCCUGCUGAGUAAGACUUUGGCUGUUCGCUGAAGUAACUUGCUAAAUACAUAGCUAGCUAAUUUGUCUGCUUAAGAUCAUACAUGCUUAACUGAGAGAAUUUUAACCACUUUGUAGAGUUGUUAGUUUCUAAACGUAGUAGAUUAAUAAGUCUCCUCUGCUGAUACCAGAGAUAUUCCAUGUUUUACCUGUAUAGAUGCCAGUCAUCCCUCUUGGCCGCGUGAGUUAAGUUGGCCAGUCCACAUGCAGUGAUGUGAUUUUCCAGCCUCGUAAAUCCCCGUCCUCUCCUCUUGGCACACAGUAACUUAUUAUGCCACUGGAGGAGAGACCUGCACCAUCUGCUAAAAAUGCAGGGAGAGAGGAAACCAACAUGGAUAACAGGAACAGCAGAGGGGAACAACCUGUUGCUGGUCCCUCGAACACAUCCCAGAGGCAAGGAUUCUGCAGCUGCUGUCAGGUCCUCUAUAACAGUGUAGAACAGCACAUCCUGAGCACCAGGCAUAGGGAGGUGGUUCAGGCUACAAGGGCAAAUGUGUCUUCUGGAAGUCUGAUGGAGAGAUUUCUCCAGGAUGUGCUUCAGCACCAUCCUCAUCUCUACAGUGACACACGGCCGACCCAUGCUGAUCUUCCUUUCUUGAGUAUCUUACCGGUCCCAAGGGAAGUGUUGUCAGAAGUAUGCUGUGGAUCAGAGGAUGAUGCGGCCUCUGUUGGGACCAGAGAGGAGAUGCCCACCUCUGACGAAGAAUCCUGUCGAAUGCUGCAAGCUGAAGCAAAUACCGCAUUAAAGAGUCAGAGUCAGUAUCCACCAGGAACUUCUCAACAUGUGCCAAUCGACAUUGGUGCAGGGAAAAGUGCACAAACUGGUCUUGGAACAAAGAAAACAAGGUUGGAACCCCCUGUUGCUGCGAAAUAUUCCCCCACACAAGGUUUUUUGCAUAGGACUAGUGGCAAGUCUGCCGUUGACAAACCACAUGUAUCAUCACAAUUAGCACAAACAGUUAAUCCAGAAUGUUCUCAAACUCCACUAUCCCGACAACCAUGUAGCUCAGAAACUCCUCCCCCCCUGCCUGGAACGCCAAAAUUUUUACAUAGGAAAGCGCAUAGAAAGACAAAUAAGCAUAGAGAGUGCAGUGAUACCAGCCAAGGUUCUCGUGCUUCACUAACCACAAAGUGCAUUACCUCAAAAGGCCAGCCUAAGCCAUCACGGCCAAUAGUUACGGAGCCUGCAUCAUGGACGGCAGUCUUACCACCCUGGAGGGGUCCACAUAGGGAACGGACAUUCAGUGAGCAAUCGGACCAUAUACGAGAGGUGAUUGAAGAGGUUAUUGAAAGGUAUUGCUACGGCCGCAGUCCCAAACCAACUCGUCACGAGGACGAGAUUAGCUUUAACCUUAGCUUGCACUCAAUAAGUGGGUCUAAGGAUAGUGAGGAAUGGGACAACACCUUGCAGGUAGCAUUACAGAAACCCACAACUGAGGACAAACAUCUUGCACGCUUAAUGAAGGUGCACAUAAACCUUGAGGACGAAGAAUACAAAACCCAGCUGGACACAGCCUUGAACACUGUGCUGGAAAGUGAACAAGCGGAGCCAGAGGAAGCCAAAGAGAACAAAGUGGAGGAGAUCCUUCCUGAUCUUCCUCACAUUCCUCAGUCUUUUGUGGGAAAAACAUGGGCACAGGUGAUGUUUGAGGAUGAUGUAAAGAUAGAUUGCAUGGUGAAAGAGUUUAGACAGGGUCAGUUCCGUUGCUAUUUUGACAGUGAGUCCCUGGCAAAAUUUGGGAAGCACUGCAGGAAAAGAAAAAGGAACAGAAAGCAAGAGAAUAAACCUGAAGAUGAUGAGUGUAAAGACCUCAUACCUCUUGUGGAGCACCAUGAGGAGGACCCAAAACACACACCUGUGUUCAGGAAGACCAGGCGACGGAUAUACCGAAUGGCAUCACGCUGCCAAGUGGUAAAGGUGAGCCAUGGAACACAAACUGUAUCCCCAAGCUGCCCUGUGGUACGGAAAAAGACAUUACCUGAAACUGUGAUCUUCCCAAAUGACCCAGAAACUCGGAAGGAACCAAGCCCUGAGAGGACCCCAGACAUGAAGACAAGGCUGUGUGCACUCAAACUUCCUGCAUCUUACUGCAGAAUUAUGAGUCCUCUGCAGCCCAAAACAGUAGUUUAUGUUCUUUCUUCCCCAGACGGAGUACAGGGUACCCUCAAACCCACACCAAUUAAAAGAGUGGGCAGAAAGCGGAAGUCAAGUGAUGAAGAAUGUGCAUUUAAGUACAAGUACAAGAAGACCCCUCUUAAAUAUUAUGAUCCUCUGACGAACAGAAUUCUCAAGACUCCACCUAAAGGGAUGUCUUUAACGCCCAGUACCAAAUCAUUGUCCCACGUCAGACAGUUAUUCCGUAGUCUCAGUCCAGACAUCAACAAGGAACGUCAUAGUUCAGCACUUGGACGGUCACCUAGACGCUCCAAGAAGGGCCAUGGUGGCAGUAGCAUGGCAGAUCUUUGUGCUUCUACCUCUGGAUCUUGUCUGGAUAGUGGAGGCCCAUCAGAACCUGACUCCUCCAUGUCCAGCAGUCGAAGGGCCUUGUUCAGCCGGUCCUCUAUUUCCAGUGGCAGCCAUUUUCUUCUGGGGCAUCUCAUGCCUUGUGCUUCUCACACAGACAGUUCCUCCAGAACACAAGCCCCUUCUCAUGGAGAUGGUUCCUUUAAGGUUGCAGCUGCCAACCUGGAAGAGGACCGUUCGCAGGAACAGGUGGACCAUCCACCAGUAAGGCGUCGCUCACAGAGGCAAGGAGUUAAAGAAAAAUCUCUGACUCCUGCAAAUAAGCCAUCCUCUCCACCUUACAGGACCAAGAGAAAGUCAGUAAAAGCUGGGACCAGGGCCAAGUCUAGGAGCAGUCUCCAACAGAAAGUCGGCACACAUGUAGCUGCAGGAGGUAGAGUAUCUCCUCGUAUCAAGAGAUCAACCAGUGCUUCACCGAGAUCAACAGCAUCCUGCAAAUUAGCGGUCUAACACCUACUGGACCACAGGACUGAAUCCCUAUAACACCAGGAUGAAUCCCUAUAGCACACUAUAGGACACAUAGCAAAGUACCAGUAGCAAAGUCUGCAGGAGUUCUAUACCACAGGGUAUAGAGCUAAGGGGGUUCCCAAUUUCAGUCCUGUCAACCACAUCCUUUUUACAACAUUUUGUUGUACCCUAUACUUAUACUCCUGAAAAAGCUCUGCAGAAACAAAAAUUAUCACAUUCAUCAUUUUAUUUUUAUUGCUUGGUUCGGUGCUUAAGCUAAAGUAAAAAAAAAACUUCCUCUGGCUCCAGUACCACUUUUAACCCUGCCUAUUUCUGUUCAUUUGAAUGGGAAAUAACAGAAUUGUUAAUAUAAAAUUACACAUCCAGUUAUUUUUUUGGAAAAUGGGUUUUAUCUAAAGUUCUUACCUAAAAUGUCCAGAACAUUUAGAGGAACAAGUGUGAAAACGUCUGGCACUGAAAAUCUCUAUCUGUACUCUGCAUGAAUGAAAGGGCAGCACUGGCUAAAGUCUGGACCUGAUUCUCCACACCUUUUCCAGGGUGCAUUUGUAAAAACAGGUAACUGUCCACACUGUUACUUGGCUGUGAUCAGAUUGGAUUUGCAUCGUCAGAUAUCACAAGCGCAUUUGCUUGGGUUGGUGUGGAAUCAAGGUUUGUGUCAGUAACUAAACUUUGGCGUUCGUUUUGGACCUCCGUACUUCUGUUACUCUGGAUCUGAAGAGGUCAUUAUAGAGUCUGAAACUGUGCAUCCAGACUGAGAUAUGCUUGAGCAAAUCCGUUGUAAUUGCAUUUCAAAUCAAAUUCAAAUGUGGCUCAAAUUUCAUGUGGUUUCUCACUGUCUAGACUAUCAAAAAUCAAUCUGGAUACAAUCUAGAUAUGACACAAAUCAGCUUUGGGCUGGCAGUCUGAACAGCCUAAUAGUCAUGAGAGUCCUAAUUAAACGUUCAUCUACCUCAGGGAUGUCUAGUAGUACUGUAUUAUAAUACUGUAGUAUUACCCUUUCCAGAUAAGACUGGACACCCCUCACUUACUUUUAUAGGCCAUUACACACCGGAUGCAGCGCACCGAGCAGCACUGCACUAAGCAAUACAUCACUGAAGUGAGAGCAACAUUUCAUAAAGUCUAAAUAAUUUAUUAUCUAAUAAGCUCAUUUGAUUGAUCAGCUUCUUCUCAUCAUCCACAACAGAGUUUCUUGAGAGCAAGACAUAUACUGAGCUUUACAGAGCCAGCUUGCUCAGAGUGAAAGGUUUCUUUUAAAGAAUUGGAAUUCGUACACAAGUUGUAUAUCAUACCAUUUGUUGGAUUAUUUUAGUUUUAAUGUAAUAUUAAACAAAAAAACACUGUGCUGAAUAUAAUGUCCGAUGUGUGACUGCUUUGUGACAUGAUUUAUAAAUUGCUUGCUCUGGAUAAGGGUGAAAGCCAAAUGUCAUAAUUGUGUAUGCUAUUACAGCAGAGGAUCAAAAAAAAAAACAGAAAUCAUAUUGUAACACUGAUUGUAUUUAGUAUAUCAGUUCAGCUAGGUGUACUAUAUGACUCAAAACACAAGAAUGUCUAUAAGACCUGCUUAAAGGCUGUUCAGGCUGCAGGGAAAUCAGAUUUGUUUCUAAGGUCAUGUAUGUUGACUGUCCGCUUUGUUAUUUGCGAGUACCGUAUUUUUCGGACUAUAAGGCGCACCGUAUUAUAAGACGCACUAUCAAAGAACGCCUAUUUUCUGCUAUUUUUCCAUACAUAGGGCGCAUCGCAUUAUAAGGCGCGUUAAGUGACACUAGAAAGGGUGCCUAUAUCAAAGUGAACAGGGGUGGCGCCAUGUUUCCCU